GCCGUAGCAGAACGAGCUAAGUUGAAGUCGUACAUCUUAUUGGGCUGUUUGGUUAUUCUGAUACAAGCACUUCCUGCACAUUGGGUAUGGGACAGCCAAGGAUUCUUCUACAAGAUGGGUGUGGUGGAUUUCGCUGGCUGCUCAGCUAAAGGGAUUCAGGAACUUAUUUGUUCUGAAGAUUCCGCCCUCAUGCAAACU